AUGGGAAUCAGUGAGGAGGAGUGGGAAAGGCUACAGAAGGCUCUGGACUGGCCCGGUCCAGAUGAAGAAAUCACUCAGCUGGAUCUGAGCACAAGUCCAGUCCACUCAACAUUCUCUAUUGUGGGACUCAAGGAGAGUUACAAAGUGGGAGAAAAGAUCUCCGUUACCAUCACAGCCAGAGACCACAACAAGAACCUGAAAAGAUAUGGAGGAGAUUUCUUUAAAGCAAAACUAUUCAAUUCAAAGCUAAAGGCGAGUGUGUACGGGGAGGUUGUGGAUCACCGUAAUGGGACUUACUCUGUUGCUCUUCUUCUGCCCUGGGAAGGUCAGGCACAAGUUUAUGUGCGUCUAGAGCACUCCAGUGAGGUUGUGCAGAUUCUAAAUAAAUACAGGGAGUCCUCAUUCCCACGCAGCCAGUAUAUUGGCCACUUUGAAGGGCCAGGACCCAAUAAAACCAGGAUCAGUGAAGUAGUACAAUGUAAUCUUAAGUGGGGUGCAGAUGGAAGUUGGAGGAAAGGCGACUGCUGCUGUGAGUAUAAGGAUAUAAAAACAGGGACGGUGUGGCAGUGUGAGAGACCGAAGAAACUUUCUUGUGACAACCUGGUUCAUCACUCUACCGGGGCUUUGGAAAGCCCAUUAACUCCUUUUGAGACACAAUUUUUGACAAAGUAAGUGGGAAAUGGUUCAAAGCAACUUCCAGAACUUUGAAAAAAAAGUUUAUAAAUGUAUUUUUAUUUUAUUUAUUUUUUUUCUCCACAGGAUUUUAACAAAUGUCACUAUUACUGGAGACACACAAAUCAUUAAUGUCCUUCCCAACAAUGCAGCCAUUGGUAUGUUCACAUAUGAUCUGUGUAUGUUUUGAACAUUUCUAUUUAAUAUUUGGAAAGAAAUAAGGAGAAAGGAAAUAAUGACUUUUAGCAAACCGAAAACAAGAAUUCAGCUCAUAUUUGAUUUAAUUUUGUCAUUAAUUCUUUCCAAACAGGAAAUAGUCAAAACA